AUAUUGCUCAAAGUAUACACAUGCCCACAGGUUGGCACCCCCAUUGGGGAUAGGAGAGACUUGGAUCUGAGAUUUUUAUACGUAACAACUGGAAGAUGAAUCUUACCCCAAUUCUUGAGGCAACAGUGUCAUCCAGUACUGCUGACAUACAGCAGGCAGAGAAGUUUCUUGAACAGGCUGCUUCACAGGAUUUAUGUCAGUUUCUGAAAUUACUUGCAACAGAAUUAGCAGAUGUCAGCAAAUCUGUUGUUUCACGUAUGGCAGCUGGCCUUCAGCUCAAGAACUAUUUAACAUCUAAAGAUCCAGAUUUUAAAUUGCAAUAUCAACAGAGAUGGUUAUCAUUUCCAUUAGAUGAAAGACAGGGAAUUAAACACUUAGUAAUGCAAAGUUUGGGUACAGAAACGACAAAGCCUACGGCACCUCAAGUCAUUGCAUAUAUUGCCAGUGCAGAACUACCCAGUGGUGCAUGGCCUGAAGUUAUUGCAACUUUAGCAUUCAAUGUCACCAGUACUCAGAGUUCAGAAUCACUUAAAAUCGCGUCUUUAGACUCAAUUGGCUACAUUUGUGAAGAAAUUAGUCCCAAAGUUUUGAGUGGUGCCUCCAACGAGAUCCUAACUGCAAUUGUGCAGGGUAUGAGAAAAGAAGAACCAAGUUUGCAUGUACGUCUAGCAGCCACAAAGGCUCUCUACAAUUCUCUCGAGUUUACAAAGUCAAAUUUUGAUAAAGAGACUGAAAGGCAUUUUAUCAUGCAAGUAGUUUGUGAAGCCACCCAAUGCCCAAAUGAAGAGGUUGUUAUAGCUGCUUUACAGAACUUGGUUAAAAUAAUGAGUCUGUAUUAUUCUUACAUGGAAGCAUACAUGGGACCUGCUCUAUUUGCUAUAACUUUGGAAGCAAUGCAAAGCUCUAUUGAUGGUGUAGUACUACAAGCCAUUGAGUUUUGGUCAACUGUAUGUGAUGAAGAGCAAGACUUAGCGAUUGAAGCAAUGGAGGCAUCAGAGACUGGUCGACCACCUAGUCAAACUAGUUUUCAUUAUGUCCGUGGUGCUCUUCAUUUUUUACUCCCAAUUUUACUGAGAAUAUUAGCUAAGCAGGAGGAAUAUGAUGAUGAGGAUGAUUGGGUUCCUUCCAAAGCUGCUGGUGUCUGUUUAUCACUAAUGGCAAGCUGUACUGAAGACUCUAUUGUUCCAUUAGUGAUACCCUUUGUGAAAGAAAACAUAUUCAAUGGGGAUUGGCGAUUUAGAGAUGCUGCUGUUAUGGCUUUAGGUUGCAUUAUGGAAGGACCUGAUCCGGAUCAACUAGCUCAGUUUAUAUCUGAGGUUCUGCUUCGUAUAAUUGAACUAAUGAAAUCAGAUCCUUUGAUUCAAGUGAAGGAUUCAGCUGCUUGGACUAUUGGUAGAAUAUGCGAGCAAGUUCCUUCAACUGUGUUACAUCUUGAAGUAUUAAGCCAUUUACUCCCAGCUUUAAUCGAUGGUCUAAAAAGGGAAACUCGUGUUGCUACUAAUAUAUGCUGGGCAUUUUCAUCUCUAGCUGAAGCUGCUUGUGAUUCUGCUUUACAAGCUUGCUCUACUGAUGAUGUGGAAACUUAUGCACUGUCAUCUUCCUUUGAACAGAUUGUGUCAACUAUUCUUGCUACUGCUGAAAGAAAUGAUGCAGUUCACAGUAAUCUUAGAACAGCUGCAUAUGAAGCAUUAAUGGAUCUCAUUAAGUACAGUCCUAAGGAUUGUUACAUUGUUGUGCAAAAGACUGUUUUGCAUGUGCUAGAUUCUCUUCAGAAAGUUGUUCAAAUUGAUGAGAAUUUAUUGCAAGGUCAUGACAAACAGCAGGUUUCUGAUUUAGAAUCACUUCUGUGUGCAACAUUGCAAAGUCUUCUUAGAAAGAUGACAAAGGAAGAUGUCUUGCAAAUAUCAGACAGUUUAGUACAAGCAUUAAUAGCAAUGUUAUCAACAUCCAGUGGACUAGUUGGUGGAGUUCAGGAAGAUGCUAUACUAACGAUUGGAGCUCUUGUUGAAAGUUUGGGUGUUGAUUUUUUGAAGUACAUGCCCUCAUUAUCAAAUUAUUUGAUUGCUGCACUGAAAAACUAUAAUGACGUUCAAGUAUGUCAGGCUGCAAUUGGAUUAGUUGGUGACUUGUGUCGAAGCUUAAGUGUUAACCUAAUUCCAUACUGUGAAAACAUUAUGCAGAUUAUGGUUGAUACAUUAUCUAAUCCUACAGUUCAUCGUUCUAUUAAGCCGCCAAUUUUGUCAACUAUUGGUGACAUUGCCUUAGCAAUUGGAUCUCAAUUCAUGAUUUAUUGUGCCCCUGUUCUAGGUAUUCUUGAGCAAGCAUCUCGUACACAAUCAGAAAAUUCAUCUGACUUGGACAUGCUGGAUUAUCUGAAUGAAUUGAGAGAAGGCUGUUUAGAAGGAUAUACUGGUAUCGUUCAAGGGCUAAAAGGAGAUAAAGAAAAUGAAGUUAGCAGUGACAUCCAAUUAAUUGUCCCACAUUUGCCGUGGAUUUUAGCAUUCAUAGAAAUAAUUGGCAAUGAGCAAGAAAAGACAGACAGUGUAAUAGCUGGUGCUGCUGGACUGUUAGGUGACUUACUAAAUUGCUUUGGAGCUCAACUUAUUCCUAUUAUUACCCAAAAGCCUGCUAUCACUAAGCUAUUAAGUGAAGGAAGACAGUCUCGAAACAAACGCACAAAAACAUUAGCUACAUGGUCUAUGAAAACAAUUAAGCAAUUGCAAGGAGAAUCACCAGGCUCGAAGUGUGGCUAAAUGAUCAAUUAGUCAGUCUAAAUGGUGUAGCUACUUGUAACAUUUUGUUGAUUAGUAACAUGUGUAUUUGGUUUAAUAUUAAUUGUUUCAAUUAAA